AUGAAAAAAAAAAUAGCAGAGACAAAAAAAAAAGAAACCAUUUCUUUCUUCUUCCCUCUCUCUCUCUCUCUCUCUCUCUCUCUCUCUCUCUCUCUCUCUUUAUUGCCGAUAUCAGUUGGGGUUGUGGUCUCUGAGGUGGUUACCCGCCUCAGAGACCGAUUUUUUCUUGCAAGUCCCCUCAACAUUGAGGACAAGUUGUUCCGAAUAAUGGAUUACGUCUUGGUUGUUGGUGUUGUCUUUCUGUUCGACGCCUUCUUUUUUUUUUCCUCUAAUUUGGCUGAUUCGAAGAUUGUUGUUCACUCUCUGACAAUGGAUCUCCGGAGAUUCCUGUCCGGGGCACUGGAUCACUCGCUGUUGAUGUCGAUGUUAUAUUUCUUCAGCUUGUUCCAGUGCUUUAGUCCUUCUGUCUUCCCAACUGAUGUUCAAGAUACUUCGAACACAACGCUGGAUCUUGGAAAAAAUUAUUCCGAAGACGACCAAAACACCAUUCUAUCUAUCUAUCUAUCUAUCUAUCUAUCUAUCUAUCUAUCUAUCUAUCUAAUUCUGCAACGUGAUCUAUCUAUCUAUCUAUCUAUCUAUCUAUCUAUCUAUUAUAUUCUGAUCAUAUCUAUGAAUCUGUUUCACUCGGUUCAUCUCUAUCACUGUUCAUAUCUAUCUAUCUAUCUAUCUAUCUAUCUAUAUAUAUAUAUAUAUAUAUAUAUCUUUCAGUCAGUUAAUGUCUAUCUAUCUAUCUAUCUAUCUAUCUAUCUAUCUAUACUAGUCGGAUUUUCCGCACCUUGCAGCGUGUCACAUAUCUUUUUGUAA